CGCUACUUUCCAAAUUAAGGCAGGCCUUAAAUAAAAGGUCUAAUAAGUUCGCCGGAGAUAUUGAAAAUUCAACAAAAUUCGCUCAACCGCCGGCAGCGCCACCACACCUAAACAUGGCGAUGCAAACCGGCGUCGCCACUUCUAAAGUACUGAUACUAGUCGGCGCAGGUUUGACUGGGUCAGUAAUAUUGAAGAGUGGAAGAUUAUCUGAUCUUAUCUCACAGCUUCAGGAGGUGAUAAAUGGAGUGAAUGCGGCUGAGACAUCACCUGGUAGAUAUGAUACUGCUCUUCUAGCAGCUCAGAUUCGACAAUUAGCACAAGACAUUCGGGAGAUGAGCAUAUCAAAUCCAAUUACUAUUUAUAAGGAUUCUUCCUCCAAUGGGAGCUAUGCUUCUUACAUUCUUCCAGCUGCGGCAGUUGGGGCGAUGGGAUAUUGUUACAUGAAGUGGAAGGGUUGGUCAUUUUCUGAUGUAAUGUAUGUCACAAAGCAUAAUAUGGCGAAUGCUGUUGCAUCUGUGUCUAAGCAGUUGGAGAAUGUAUCAGAGGCAUUGGCUUCUACAAAAAGACAUCUGACGAAGAGGCUGGAAAACUUAGACUGGAAGCUAGAUGAGCAAAUUGAGACAUCAAAACUUAUUACUAAUGAUGUGAGAGACGUUAAGGCUAAUCUGAAUCAAAUUGGUUUUGAUAUAAACUUAAUCUAUGAGAUGGUGUCUGGAUUGGAAGGGAAGAUUGAGCUUCUUGAGAGUAAACAGGAUGUGACUAAUUCUGGUUUGUGGUACUUGUGCCAAGUUGCUGGGGGCAUUAAGGAGGGUCAAAAUCCUAAAGUUAUUCAGGGCAUCGAGGCUAAGCUGAUAGAGCAUUCAAAGGUGACUCCCAAGGAAAACUGGGUGAAGGGGCUUGAGUUCAUUGCUGAAUCUAAUGAAUCAAGUGUGCCACCGAAAUCGGUAACUGAUACUGAAGGAAAAGGUCUUAGUGACAAUUCUGCUAAAGGUCCAGUUGCUAGCAAAAUGAGGAUUCACAGAUCUUAUCCUGUUGGGUUGUCUUUAACAAGGAACGUGUUGGGUCCAGGAUUCUGAUCUCAGCUUUUCCUCUAUUCACAGUUAGAUUACUUGGAUGUGAUUACCCAAUUCAUUUUGUUUAUAUAUUGAUCCAUGGCUGUUUGAUUUUGA